UUAACUAAUUAAUUAAAAUGACUUCUCAUCUCCUUCAAUAUCUCUUCCUCCUCUUCCUUAUCAUCGGCCUCGCCGGAGCAGCUCUAGGUCCAAACACGGGCAUAAUGAGUUGCCCAGAAAACGAAACAAUUAGCAGCGAAUACAGAUCUAACAUCGAUAAACUUUUCAGCUCUCUGUUAAUGAACGGCGAUUUCGUCAUCGGCUUCUCCAAUUCGAGUUUCGGCACCGGUGAAGUUGUCUACGGUCUCUUCCUCUGCCGUGGUGAUGUGAAUUCGUCAACCUGUAGCAAAUGCGUGUCCACGGCGAAUUCCGGGCUAUUAAAUGUUUGCCGCCGCCAAUCGAACAAGGCUGGAGCCUGGUACGACGACUGUAUGUUGAGAUACUCUAACGAAACAACCUUCUCGAAAUUAGAUCAAUCGGUAAAUAGACUUGUUAUGGGAUGGAUGGAUUUGUCGAAUUCAACUCGGUUAAUGGAGGUGUUGGGACAAGAUAAAUUAAACGACGUGAUCAAUCGGGCUGCGAAUGGCGGAUCAUUGAAGAAAUAUGCUGUCGGAGAGGCUGAUUUUAAUUCGACUAAGAAGGUUACCGUGUAUGGACAAUGCACGCCGGAUAUUUCCGCCUCGGAUUGUCAAACUUGCCUUCGAACCGCAAAUGCUAGUCUUGAAGGGGGUGUUGGAAUUUAUUACCCAAGUUGUGUUCUAUCGUUUGAUUUGGAAGAUAUUGUAUUAUCAGGAGGAGGUGGUGUGGACAUUUCUACCAAAAGAUCGGUGGCUAUAAUUUUUACAAUUCUUUUAGUGUUUGCUGGUCAAAUCUAGUUAUAGUGUAUUUUAAAAAACAAAAAAAAAUUAUUUUUGUGUGUGCCUGUAACCUUGGUGUGAUUAAAUGUUGUUGUUUUCGA